GUACUUGGAAAAAAUAAAAAAAUAGCGUAAGAGCCAAGAAGGAAGAAAAGAAAGGGCAUAUGAUAAAGUCAUCAUCCUCUGAAAAAGAGCAUGUUCUGCAGUUUGUUUUAAUCUUAAAUAGACAUUAGGCCGAAGAAAACAGUCUGUCUGUCUUCGUUGCCAUGUUUGAAACAGUGCAAGAAAUUGCUGUUUACAUUCACAGGUUUCACAACCUAGACCUCUUCCAGCAAGGAUGGUAUCAAAUGAAGAUCAGCAUGAGAUGGGAAGAUAGUGAGUAUACUUCCUUAGCAACCCCUGCAAGGGUUGUUCAAUAUGAAGCUCCUGAUCUGGGUGGUGAAAACAUAUAUGGGAUAUGGAGGAUUGAUGAUACAGACAAUAGUUUCUUGACACAGCCUUUUCGGAUUAAAUAUGCGAGACAAGAUAUUCGUUUAUCUAUCAUGAUUUCCUUCACUCUACCUCUUGGUGAAAAUGAGGGUCCAUCAACCUCUGCUGUAAUUUUGAAAUUCGAGCUUAUGCAAGCUCCCAUGACAGAUACCAUGGUUGAGCUGCUGGCUUAUCCGGAUGCUUCUUCUGUCGCAGUCCAUGAAUUUAGAAUUCCUCCUAAAGCUCUUCUAGGAUUGCAUUCAUAUUGCCCUGUCCACUUUGAUGCAUUUCAUUCUGUGCUUGUUGAUGUUAGCGUGCAUAUCAGUCUAUUGAAAGCUGGUUCUUUCUUGAAGGUACUCAGUGGUUCUUACGGUCAAGAUGCUACUGCCAAAAUUAGUGAUGGGUCCCACCAAGCAUUGGGUCUAGUGGCUUCUUUAGAUAUAAAAAAGAUCACACUUGUUAAAGCAUUAUUAGCUGCCCGCAACACAUUGCUGGAAGAGCUACAAAAAAUUAGCAAAGGCAUUGAGCGCACUAUUGAUGUAUCUGAUUUUGCUUCCAACGUGGAUGAUGUGAGCAUGUUUGAUUCUAUUGUGCAAGCAAAUCUGGUUACUGCUGAUGUUGCAGUUUCAGGACAUGGAAAGCCACAGAAUGGCCUUGAGAAAGCAAACAGCACUAUAGAUUUUCAAAGUGAUAAUUUGCCCCACAUUUCAUCGAAGGCUGCUGUUGUGAACAUCUUUCAUUCAUUGGGCGCUCAAUUAUCAUAUUUAUGGAGCAUUUUUCUGCAGUUCCACAGGGCAAACAAAACAAAAAUACUGGAGUUUCUGCGUGAUGUGUGGACUAAAGAUCGACGAGCUGAAUGGUCAAUAUGGAUGGUGUACUCUAAGGUUGAGAUGCCUCAUCAUUACAUGAGCAGUGGAAGUGAUGAUUCCUCCCAUCAUGGCCAUAGAAGAGUUUCGAGUUUGUUGAAUCCUGCCCAGAGUGCAGCUACACGUGCUGACCUUCAUCGGCGAAGUAUUGCCCAAAUGAGGAUUAAUAAUCGGUCAAUUCAAGACAUGUAUAUAUUUGGGGAUCUGCUACGGAUUCCUAUUAUUAUUGUGGAACGUGUAACUAAUGCACCACUGCGUACUCUUAGUGAAAAUUCGUUCUUCAAAAAUUUGGACCUGGUAGAUGCACAUGGCUCGUACAGUGGACCUAGCACUGAAUCUGAAGCUGGUAAGAAGCAACCUAGUGCUGCACUGUCAAAAAAUGGUCGUGAAUUGAAGGCUGUCAUCUUUGUGCAUGGAUUUCAGGGACACCAUCUGGAUUUACGGCUUGUUCGCAAUCAAUGGCUUUUAAUAGACCCCAAGAUGGAGUUCCUUAUGUCAGAGGUAAAUGAAGACAAAACAUCUGGAGACUUUAGAGAAAUGGGACAAAGGCUGGCAGAGGAAGUUAUCUCUUUCCUUAAAAAGAAAAUGGAUAAAGUUUCAAGAUCUGGUCUGUUAAGGGAUAUCAAGCUUAGCUUUGUUGGACAUUCUAUUGGAAAUAUUAUCAUAAGAACAGCAUUAGCAGAGAGCAUAAUGGAACCAUACCUAAGAUAUCUUCACACAUAUGUUUCUAUAUCUGGUCCGCAUUUGGGGUAUCUUUACAGUUCAAACUCCCUGUUUAACUCUGGGAUGUGGCUUUUGAAAAAACUUAAGGGAACUCAGUGCAUUCAUCAACUUACGUUCACAGAUGACCCAAAUCUCCAAAAUACUUUCUUGUACAAACUCUGCGAGCAGAAGACAUUGGAGAAUUUCAGGCAUAUAGUACUGCUAUCUUCACCCCAGGAUGGUUACGUACCAUAUCAUUCUGCCAGAAUUGAACUGUGCCAGGCUGCUUCCUUGGACCACUCAAAAAAGGGUAGAGUGUUCCUGCAGAUGCUGAAUAAUUGUUUGGAUCAGAUACGAGCCCCCACACCUGAGCAUCGACUAUUCAUGCGCUGUGAUGUAAACUUUGAUACCUCCAGCUAUGGCAGGAGUUUGAACACAAUCAUUGGGCGAGCUGCUCAUAUUGAGUUUUUGGAGUCUGAUGUUUUUGCAAAAUUCAUAAUGUGGUCUUUCCAGGAACUAUUCCGUUGAUUAGCAUGAGAACCUGAAGUCUUUUCCGCUUCAGCUUUGCUAGCCCAUCUUUGGCUGGCAGUCAUGCCUGUGUUUCCUGGCAACAAGGAUGAAAAAGUAUCAAGGUGUUGGAAUUGGAUGACCAGGAAAAGGCAGCCAUAUACUUUCAUCCGGGCUGGUCAGAUGCCAGUUGGUUUCUGUGAAUUAUUGGCGUGAUGCUAAUUCCACUUGAAGAAAGGCAUAGUAUGUAAAUAUUGUUUCUGACCCAAGCCAGCAGUCCCACAAUAUUUUGUGCACUAUUCAAGAGGCAGCCGGUCCAUGGUUGAGAUUUCAAGCUGCAGAGUUUACCUGGAAACUUGCACUGAAGUUUUGAAGAAAAAGUGUAAUUGUUUUCUAGGUUAAACCAAGCUAGGUGGACAAUGGAAACACUUAUUUUCUUGGUUAGAUAGACCCUAAGGAUGUGCUUCUGCAACUAUAGAUGCAAUCUCUACCAGGUAGGAGGAUUAUGUUUAUAACCAGUUCUAGGAUGUUGGGUAUAUUCUCGACAUAGUUUUAGAGUUUCUGUUAAAUAUUUGUCCAUGGCAAUUUGAUUCUAUAUUCUUACUA